CUAAACAUUGACAGGACAAAAUAUUAUGCAUGCGGUUUUUGGUCAGUGUGGUUGCGAAUAAACAGGAGAUGCUGUGCGCCGUGACGCGCGCGUAGAGAGAGAGAGAGAGAGAAAGAGAGAGAGAGGGAAAGAGGGAAAGAGAGAGAAUCAAAAACACAAGAAGCUCUGGCGAUCUUCAGUGAAAUCCCCUCUUUGCUUCCGCCCUCCAAACUGACUUGGUCUCCGCGCAAACUUCCAGCAACCGUCCAGCAUGAGCGGAAACCAUCACCAUGGAUGUGCCACAUGAGGCGGACCAGACCCACUGAAGCCACCGCUCAAAGUUUGCCUGUAGAGACCCCCUGACUGCACACACAACUUUACGCGUGUUUUUUCUGCUUUCCUAAUACUUUUCGCUUGUCUGCUGGGAUUGCUUGGAUUCCGCGGUGUGUCUUUUAUGUUCAGCCGCGGAGACGUGUAGUUUUUUCGGGGUGGUCCGCGAUAAGGAAGGUGACAUGCAGGUUCUCGGUUGGACCAUAGUUGUCCUGUGCCAGUGGAUCCUACGGAAGGUCCAAGGGUUGGAGAAGCAGGUGGAGUUCUCAAACCUGGGCCCAGUGGGGUCUGUGAUGAAGACUCUUCCAUAUGGCAUGGGUGGAGGCCCAGUGGGAGGAACAACAGGGGGGGUUGUUAAGCCUCCGUACCAAACACGUAUCUUCUCCACUUCCAUCGACCAGACACCCAUGAAAUCCAAGCCACCCACCUACAGUUUCUUCAACCCAUAUGACUCGGCCCGGAACCAGUCCCUGCUCCUUGACCAGACAGGAUACCGCUCUAAGCGCAAACCCUCACUAAAGACAGCCAUGAAGACCAAGAAGAUCUUCGGCUGGGGAGACUUCUACUUCAACGUCAAGACCCUUAAGUUCAGCUUGUUGGUGACAGGGAAGAUUGUGGACCACAUCAAUGGGACGUUCACUGUUUACUUCCGCCACAACUCGUCCAGCCUGGGGAACGUGUCGGUCAGUAUCGUGCCGCCGACCAAAGUGGUGGAGUUUGAGGUCCUCCAGCAGCAGCAUCUGCACCCUCACACUCAGCAGGACGUCCAGAUCCAGGAGAACCAGCAGUCCACCGUGGACCCUAAAGAGACAAAGACCUUUAACUGUCGGGUGGAGUAUGAGAAAACCAACAGAUCCAAGAAGCCCAAACCCUGCCUGUACGAUCCUUCUCAGACCUGCUUCACAGAGCACACCCAGUCUCACGCUGCCUGGCUCUGUGCCAAGCCCUUCAAGGUGAUCUGCAUCUUCAUCUCUUUCUUCAGCAUUGAUUACAAGCUCGUUCAAAAAGUGUGUCCGGACUACAACUUCCAAAGUGAGCACCCUUACUUGGGAUAAGUAAGUGAGACUGAAGUGCAAAGAGAGAGAAAAAAAGACAAUGUUAAUGACGACAAUGAUGACUACGAUGAUAAUGAUGGAAAUCAUGGUCAUAUUGAUUACGAUGAAGAAGCAGGGGACAGUUUUUUUGCCUCUUAAACUUGAAUGAGGGUUUAAAUCAAGUAUAAUCAGAGGUAUGGAUGGUUAGGAUAUGGCUGAUUUCUCUGAAUAUUUUCCAACUUUGUAUUUGUUUUUCUGUUAUAUUAGCUUUUUUCUGUAAAUAAUGUACUCAACCUCAGCACAAUUAUUGUUUUUUAGAAAUUUGUUUCUCAGUGUUAUUACUUUUUGCAGUUGGAGAAUUCGGUUGAAUCAGUAGUAUGCCCUCCGAGUACCAAGGGAGCCUCUGAGGCGGCUGUGUUGUGCCAUCACAGUAUGGCGGACGUAAUGUUAUGGUAGACUGACUGUUAAUCAUCCUCUCAGCUCCACGUUUCCCUGGAUGUAAGAAAGUUAUAUGUAUGAGAAAUGCUAUGCUGGAUAUGCAUACAAUAUACUGUAUGAAUAAGCACAUUAAAAUCUCUUAAACUGUC